CCUUCCAUGGAGUGCUCUUUCGGUGUGAGAAAAGGUGCAUGGACCGAAGAGGAAGAUAUCCUUCUGAGGCAGUGCGUUGAGAACUAUGGCGAAGGAAGCUGGUAUCAAAUUCCUCUCAGAGCAGGCUUAAAUAGAUGCCGGAAAAGCUGUAGAAUGAGGUGGUUGAACUACCUAAAGCCAAAUAUCAAGAGAGGAGGCUUCAGAGAAGAUGAGGUCGAUCUAAUGAUCAGGCUCCAUAAGCUCUUAGGCAACAGAUGGUCACUAAUUGCUGGUAGGCUUCCGGGAAGAACAGCUAAUGAUGUGAAGAACUUUUGGAAUACACACCUGCGCAAGAAGGAAAUUUCUCACAUUAAAGACACGAAAGAAAAAUCACAAGACAUUGUGAAAGUGAACGUGAUAAAACCUCGACCUCGGACUUUGUCUAAAAAUUUGGCCUUGUUAAAUUGGAAACCUACAACUACAGAAAGCUUUGAACCAAAUGACAAUGCGAGCAACAUAUCUCCCUCGUUAAUGCUGUCGGAGAGUGGGAUUAAAUGGUGGGAAAGUUUGUUAGAUGACAAGGAAGGUGAUGAAAGAGAUAUUUGGGCGAAGAAAAUAGUACCGGAAGCAAUUGUUGGGAACACUUUUGAUGAGGAUGACUUUAGUUGUUUUGCUCACACUUCUUUCGACAUGAGCCUUUGGGAUUUUCUAGAUGCAUAAUAGUUAUUUUAGUUUUAGAAAACCUAUUCCUUUCUUUAUAGUAGGAUUAUCAUUAUGAUCAAUCUUACGCAUUAGAUUGAGUCCUAUUGUUUCUCUA